AUGGAUUUUGUGAGCCAAAGGCAUCUACUCCAUGUGCCACAAGCACUUUCCCCAUAUUUUCAACCACCUUAUGAGACUGGGAAUCCUCCUCAUACAAGUACUCCCAUCGUAGCAAUCCUUAUAAUAGGAAUGACGGUCACAUCUUUCUUCCUUCUGGGCUACUACAUCUUUGUCAUCAAGUGUUGCCUCAAUUUGCAGCACCGUGUUGAUCACACAAGGCGUUUAUCUAUAGUUAGGCAAGGUGAAUACCCAUCAUACUCAACAGCAUCAGAGCCUAGAGGACUAGAGGAAGCAGUGAUUAGGUUGAUCCCAGUGAUUCAUUACACGCCAGAAGAAGGGGUCAGAGAAUUCGGUGAGAGAAGCUUUUCUUGUGAGUGUGCAAUUUGCUUGAAUGAGUUUCAAGAGGAUGAGAAGCUCAGGGUUAUACCAAAUUGUAGCCAUGUCUUUCACAUUGAUUGCAUAGAUGUUUGGCUUCAGAACAAUGUUCAUUGCCCACUUUGUAGAAGAAAUGUUUCCUUAACAAGCCAUGUUGUCAAUGUUGACCAGCUCAUAACACCCAGGCCUUCCCCCCAGGACCAAAGCCAAAACAUUGAAAGCCUCAUUGGUGUUGAUGAAGGAUUUGUUGUGAUUGAUUUGGAUAGUGAAGAUGGUAGAGGCCAAAACUUGGAAGCAAGACAAGAAGAGUUGCCAACACGUUCUAUUGGUCUUUCUUCACAAAGCAAGAAAGAAAGGAAGUUUCAAAAAGUAACCAGCAUGGGGGAUGAGUGUGUCGGUGAUAGAGCCAAAGAUGAAAGAUUCUUAGUUCAACCCAUGAGGAGGUCUUUCUCCAUGGACUCAUCAGUGAAUAGACAGUUCUAUGGGGCUAUACAGCACCAAAAUGGGCAUGUCCAUGAAGUUAGCACCAUUGAAACCUGUGUUGGGGGUAGUGGUAGAGUAAAAAGAUCAUGCUUUUCUUUUGGCCAUGGAAGGAGAUCAAUAAGUGCUGUGCUACCUGUUUAUUUGGACCCAUGA